GUCCAACUCCAGACUCUUCUACAGCUUAGCAAUCCAACUCCAACACUAGAAGAGAGAGAGUGUGUUUCUCUCUCUAUAUCAAGUCUGGUUGUUGUACUCACGCGGACACAGGUCACUCUUAUCAGAAUUUUAAACCCAAUUACUUCAUCUUUCUUCAUUUUCUUGAUUGUUCAUCUAUGGAGGACGCAAAUCCCACCUGAAAUGUUUAGUUCUCUCGCAUGUUCGUCCAUCAAAUUCAACUUCAAAUCUUUGAAAUUUCACUCCCUUUUCUGUCCAUGAAAGUCGCACUCUGUAAGUUGAAGCUUCUGGUUUUGUUCUUGGACUUCUUGUUUGUGUGUUCAAAAUCCAUGUUUGGGGUCAAAAAUAUCUGACCCUUUUUGUGCUUUUUCUCCAUUUUACACCUUCAAGGGCCAAACCCUAAUCAAAUACCUCAAAACCCAAUUCAUUAUCUCCCACAAAAUCAAUCAAUCUAUCCAUACCAAUUCACCAAAAGCCAACUUUUUAUCACAAAAAACACAAUUUUAGGUAAUUUUGGUGCAAAAAUGCAAGACCCAGCUACAUAUCAACAGAUCCAACCCCAAUUUCCCGAACAAGAACACCUGAAAUGUCCUCGCUGUGACUCAACAAACACCAAGUUCUGUUACUACAACAACUACAAUCUCUCUCAGCCCCGCCAUUUCUGCAAGAAUUGCAGAAGGUAUUGGACCAAAGGUGGGGCUCUCCGGAACAUCCCCGUCGGCGGCGGCAGCCGGAAAAACGUCAAGCGCUCUUCGAACCCAAAACGCUCUUCGUCAUCUCCUUCAGCUACUUCACCGAUGUCCUCUUCCACUUCUCAGGCUCAUGCUGUUCCGAAAACAGAGUCAUCAAGAAUGUACGGUUUUCCGGUGUCCACGUUCGAGCAGGACCGUCGAUUGCUCGAUGUGCCGGGGAGUUUCAGCUCGCUUCUGGCGUCGACUGGGCAAUUUGGGGACUUGAUGAUGGAGGGUUUGAAUCCAAAUGGGACGGGUGUGCAACUGGGUGAAUUUGCAGAGAACCCGAAUUCGAGCUCGGGAUCGACUGUGAUUCAAAACCCAUCAAUGGAAUUGCUGAGUACCAAUAAAGGACAGAACUUUUCGGGUGUUCAAAGUCAAAAUGGUGGAGGAGGAGGUUCUAGCUGUUGGAGUAAUGGCAACGGGUGGCCUGAUCUUGCUAUUUACACCCCAGGUUCCAGCUUUCAGUAACUAAAGUAAGAAAAACACACACACACAUAUAUAUAGAUUAUAGUCUAUAGAGAAGAGGAAAGAAUGUUUGCAUAUUUUCUUCCUUAUAGUAAUGGUGCUGAUUUUGAGAACUUCAAUUAUCAUAUCAUAAACUAUAUAUGAUGGUGAAGGGAUGUGCAUGAAUGACCCAGGCGUAUUUUAGCAUUUUCUGGUGCUAUAAGCCACAACACCAGCAGUUUAUAGCUUCUUUUGGUUGUGUGGUGUUUGUUUGUAUGUAUUUGGGAAAAAUGAUCAAUUACCAUAGUUUUUUUUUUUUUUUUUGGGAGUGGUGUUCUGUUAUUACAAUGAGAAUUUGGUAAUAUGAUAAUUAGUUUAUGUUGAUGCAAAAUGGAUUUAUACAUGACCUGUUGUCUUAGCAUGCAAAUGAUAUGAUUGCCAAUGCAAUAUGAAGGACAAAUAUGAAUUGGUGAAUGCAGAGUGUGCAGUGAUGUAGAAGUUUGAUACAUAUAUGUUCAUGAAUCUAAGAAAUGGGAGAGAGAGAGAUUGGAAAUCUAAAUUGCAUGGUUCAAGUUGUAUUAUUUCUACAUUGUCUUUGAAGGGAUAGACAAAGUUCAUUUUGUAUUGUUAUAUCUUAUC